UGAAACUUCUCCCCAUUUUUAAAACAAACACAUUCAUCAUGAGUAUCACAGAUAGCUCAUCGUCUGGAGGACGUGAACAAACCGAAGAGUACGAAAGAUGUCACCACCUACGUUUGAGUUUAAUCGGUCGGAGGCUGGCUGAAGGUUCAUCAAGUCGACAUCAAACUACAAGCCGAACUCACAAGUAUACAAUGCUCGCAUAUUUAGAAGGCGCUAUCAAAUGCAGCCAAGGUUAUUCCAUCGCAAUAUGGGUGACAUUGGGAGGUUUGAACCCUCAUUUAUGCUAAGGCAUGAUGGCCUUGGUCAAGUAUCACUAUCUCCCGAUCAGAAGCUUACUGGUGCGAUGUGCAUGCAAGCAUAUGGUUCUCCUACUUAUCAACUUGAUGAGUAUGUUCAUAUUGGUGAGAGCACCUUGAUGUCUUUCUUCAUGAAUUUUUGCAACAACAUUAUCAACAUAUAUAGGGCCACAUACUUUCGCGAAUCAACUUCUGCUGAUUUAAGGAUCUUACUUCGUAAAGUCUUAAGUCGUGCCUUUUCUGGGAUGAUUAGAUCAAUUGACUACAUGCAUUGGGAAUUGAGGAAUUGUCCAAGUGGGAAGGACAAUACACUGGCCAUAUGCAUAGGCCAACAAUCAUUUUUGAUGCGGUGGCCUCAUAUAACACAUGGAUAUGACAUGCUUUCUUUGGGUCACCUGGAUGAAAACGACAUAAAUUCUAAGGUGUUUGAUUGUAUUGUCAAUUGAAGUGCUCCACAUGUACGAUAUGAGGUAAAUGGUCAUGCUUACGAUUGAUGUUAUUACUUGGCUGAUAGUAUUUAUCCCUCAUGGUCAACUUUAUGAAUACCUUCAACAAUUCAAGGUCAAACAAAGAGGCCUUGUUUGCUAAACAUCAAGAAGCUUAUUGUAAAGACGUAAAACUGACAUUUGGAAUCCUCCAAAUAAGAUGUAAAUUAUUAAUGGCCAUUCGAGAGCUUGAGAUGUUGAAAAACUUAAUAAUAUAAUGUUGACAUGCAUUAUAUUACACAACAUGAUAAUCGACGAUGAGCAAGUUAAUUCUGACGAUGAGAUGGAAGAUGACCUUGAUUAUGAGGUCCGUGAACAACCUCAACCAGUCAACCUACACAUUCAAACUUUGAUUACUUGGCUAGAAAACAGGCUUCGCUCUUAAAAAACACAUCAUUCGCUCCGAAAUGAUUUGGUUGAGCAUCUUUAAAAUUUGCAUGGUAAUAACUAGUCUUGUUUAAUGGUAGAUUGUAUUUCAAGUUGCUCGGUAGUUUGAAUUUCAAGUUUCGAUAUGUUAUUGUAUUUCAUGUUUCAACAAAACUUGUCUUGUAGUUAGUCAACAUGUUUCAAUAACACUAGUUUUUAUUACUCAUGGAAAUAACAAAGUUCAAGGAGUACAAAUAGCACAUGAAAAUAAAAAAAGUUCAAAGUACACAUAAUACAUGAAAAUUACAAAGUUCAAAGACAACACACAACACAUGAAAACAGUAAAGACAAUAGAGUACACAUAAGACCUUCUGUCAAUAAUCCAUAAUAGGAGAGAAAAAAACGAUCUCUCUCUUUCCUGUUUCGCACACGAUAGAAAUGAUGGCAUGCAGAUUAGUUAUGGUGAGACCAAGAGUCAAAGGUCUUCUAUCUAAUCCUUCACCAUUCGCUUAACAGAUCUCAAAUUCCAAUCCAAGGAAUUUACUGUUCAGUGAACAAGAAAUCAAGGAUAAUGGAAAGCAAUGGCGAAUCCAUAGUUUCACUUAAGCAUGCACAGGGCAUGAAGCCACCAACACUGUCUCAGUGGAACAUAUGACGUUGGAGGCGAAACUCCCGUUAUAGCCGCCACAUUAGGCAGUGGCUGCAGAGAUGGCGAAGAAGACAUAGACUUCGAUGCUAGCGGCAGAGGAGAAAAUGAUUGGAAGGAGGACGAUUUGAGUCGGAUCAGUCCCUUAUACAGGGUAAGUUACAACUAUGAUGAGUUGAUAAAAUCAAACUACUGUACUAGGUGACUUUAAAAUCUUAAUAAUAAAGUAAUUGACGAAGGACUGGAUAAACGAUUGGGCAUUAGGCGAGUUAUUGAUUUCCACAAACUAAUUAAGAGAAAUUAGUAGAGGUAAAUCCCACCUUAUCGGAGUAGUGCCGCUAUCAGUAAAUUAUAUUUAAUUAAGCAAUAAACGUAGGGAGAUGGGGCUGGGCGAGCGGUCUAAACAGAGACCAUUAUAGGUGGUAUUAAAUUGCCUCUUACUAUUCGAACGGUGGGUGCUUCUGUCGACAUCAUCGUUUUCAUCCAAUACCAGGUUGUUAGAGUUUAGCUUCGAGUCGCCUUUAGGAUACGAGUAUCGACAAGAAGAGUCGACAACGAGUGGCAGUCAAAUUUAAGUAUUUAAUAAUCUUUCUUUUUAACUGUUAGUGACUCAUCGAUUCGGGUUGAUAUGGACGUCGAGUCUCCAACAAAAAUAUAUAAAAACUAACCAUUUGUGACUCAUCAUUUGUGGCUAAUGUGGAUGGCAUAUCACCAACAAGAAAUAUAAAUAACUCUCCCUUAAUAAAACAAAGUAAGGAAU